AUGGAAGGGAAGCCUAAAGAAGAUAAAAUACUUGGCCAGGCGGUUAAUUGCUGCCUUGCCAGGUUGAAAGCAUAUCUGGCCGAACUACUGCUGGAAAGGACUGCAGAUGCUAGUACUUCAUUUUCAACCAAUGUUUUGGAGAUUAGGGAAGAUACUGAAGACAAGUUGGAUGCUAUCCAACUAACAGACUUGAAGGCAGCGCCAAUGAAGCUUGAUGAUCUUAAGGCCGAAGUGCAAGAUCCACUUUUGGAACUAAACCUUGGAACGGAGCAAGACCCUCGGCCUACCUAUAUUAGUAAGCUUUUGGAACCAACCUUUAGAGAAGAAUUAAUUUCCUUACUUCAUGAGUACAAAGAUUAUUUUGCAUGGACGUAUGAGGAAAUGCCAGGACUUUCCAGAGAACUGGUAGAGCAUAAGCUGCCAAUCAAAGAAGGUUUCAAGCCUUUCAAGCAGCCUCUAAGAAGGAUGUCCCAAGAAAUGGUUCUUAAGGUCAAAGAAGAGAUAAAAAGGCUACACAAGGCUGGUUUUAUAAGAACUGCCAGGUAUGUUGACUGGAUUUCCAAUAUAGUUCCAGUUAUUAAGAAGAAUGGCAAGCUAAGAGUAUGUGUGGAUUUAUGGAAUAUCAAUCUUAUAACUUCAAAAGAUGAAUACCCCAUGCCUGUUGCUGACAAGUUAGUGGAUUCUACUGCUAAUAAUGAAAUUCUUUCAUUCAUGGAUGGACAUUCCAGGUACAACCAGAUUUAUAUUGCAAAAGAGGACAUUGCUAAGACGGCUUUUAGAUGUCCAAGAUCUAUUGGAACCUUUGAAUGGGUUAUCAUGCCGUUUGGGUUGAAGAAUGUCGAAGCAACAUAUCAGAAGGCCAUGAAUUCCAUUUUCUAUUAUAUGAUUGGCCAUUUCUUGGAAGUCUACAUUGAUGAUGUAGUCAUCAAAUCCUCAGUUAAAGGUCAACAUCUCCACAAUUUAAAAAUGGCUUUUGAAAGGAUGAGGCAGCACAAGUUGAAGAUGAAUCCCUUGAAGUGUGCCUUUGGGGUUUCAGUUGGAAACUUCCUAGGUUUCUUGGUCUAUCAAAGGGGUAUUGAGAUAGACCAAAAUAAAGCAAAGGCAAUUAUUGAAGCAAAGCCACCGACCACUAAGAAAGAAUUACAAAGAUUUCUUGGCCAGGUUGGAUAUUUGAGGAGAUUCAUUGCCAACCAUACUGGAAAGACUCAUGCUUUCUCCCCAUUGCUAAAAUCGAAAGGUGCUGAAGAAUUCAAGUGGACAGAACAGCACCAGCACGCCUUUGAAGGUUUGAAAAGCUACCUGGCCAACCCUCCAGUGAUGAUGCCUCUAAUCAAGAAACGACCUUUAAGAUUAUACUUAUCGAUCGCUGAUGAAUCCAUUGGAACUCUUCUAGCUCAGAACAAUGAAUGGGGAAAUGAGCAAGCCAUCUAUUAUCUAAGUAGGGUGCUCACUCCAGUGGAAUGUAGGUACACUUCCAUUGAAAAGUUGUAUCUUUUCUUAUAUUAUGCGGCUAUGAAUUUGAGAAACUAUAUGUUGCCAGUGGCCGUGUAUAUCAUUUCUCAAACAAAUUUGAUUAAGUAUAUGCUUUUGAGUCCUUUGAUCACUGGAAGUAUUGGAAAGUGGUUAUUGGUUUUAAUGGAAUUUUCUUUCAAGUACAUUCCACAAAAGGCAGUUAAAGGAAGGGCGAUGGCAGAAUUGCUAGUAGAUCACCCUUCUACCAAGAUAGAUUCAGAAGUAUGUGACGAGGUGGAUAAUCUUUACCUUGACUAUACACCUUGGACUCUCAUGUUUGAUAGGUCAAGCACCCGUGACGGAGGAGGAGCUGGAAUAGUUAUCAUUUCACCAAAAGGAAGAAAAACCACGUUCUCUUUCUUCUUGGAUUUCAAGUGUAUAAAAAACCAAGCUGAAUAUGAAGCACUAAUCAUUGGGCUGGAAAUCCUGCUAGAGUUAAAGGUGGAUAAAGUCCAGAUUAUUGGAGAUUCUAACUUGAUACUCAGCCAACUUUCUGAAGAAUAUAGAUAUCUUAAUUGGCAUUUAAGGCCUUUCCACUCUUUAGCCUUGGAAUUACUUUGCCAGUUUGAUGACUUCCAACUCAAGUAUUGGCCAAGGCAUUUGAACACAGAGGCUGAUGAUCUAGCACAACUAGCCUCUCGAGUAAAAGUCCCACCGGGUGUAGAAGAGACCUUGAUCAAAAUCAAAAGAAGGACUCUUCCUUCUAUAGACUCACGGUGUGAGAUGGCAGGUCAUUUCCAAGCUGAUAAGCUAGAAAGAAUCAAACCUGCCAAGAAGACGUGGGAGAUUUUCAAUAUUGAUAUAGAUGGUAUAGACUUGGAUGAUUGGAAAACACCAAUUAUUUAUUUCUUGCAAAAUCCUAAUGCCAAUGUGGACAAGAGAAUUCAACUUUUGGCACCGUAUUACAUUUUGAUUGAUGGAGAUCUCUAUAAGAAGAGUAAAGAUGGACUUUUGCUAAGAUAUCUUGGCAGGAACGAGUCCAUGAGAGUAAUAGCAAAAUCGCACCUUGGAAUAUGCGGAGCACACCAAGCUGGAAUCAAGAUGAGGUGGCUUCUUAGAAGAGGGUGGGCUUUGGGCUUUAUUGGAAAGUUAAGGCCACCAUCUGCAGAUGGCCACACUUAUAUGGUAGUUGCAACAGAUUAUUUCAUAAAGUGGGUGGAGGCCAUUCCAUUAAAGAUUUAUGAGCAGUCAAUAGUGAUUAACUUUAUCAAGAAGCACAUUAUACACAGGUUUGGAAUUCCAGAGACUCUCACCAUAGAUAAAAGCCUUUCCUUUGUUGGAAGUGAGGUUAUUGACUAUUGUGCUAAAUGUGGCGUUCAAGUAAUCAGUUUUACUCCAUAUUUUGCCCAAGUAAAUGAACAGGCAGAAGCUUCCAACAAAGUAAUUCUUAACAUCUUAGAAAAGAUGAUUGAGAAUCAUCCAAAGGACAAAGGAGUGUCAUCAUUUGCUUUCUGA